AUGACUACCACUGAAAACCCAUUGCCGGCCGACACGGGCACUAAAGACGACAGCAAGAAUAGUAGCAAUGAUAGUACAGAGCUAAACACAUCUAAUGGUUUGUUUAUGUUCGAUUGUUGUUAUUUGUUUUUAGAGUGCAAAUCCUGUUAAAAGUGUUUAUGGGAAGGUGUUUGUUGUUUUGUCAAUGAUUUUGAUGUGUUUCAGACUCCCAGAGUAUAAAUGAACUGAUCGAGAAUGGGGUGAAUGGAUUUAUGCGUAAGUUAGAUUAAAAUCAAUAUAAAUAAUAAUGUUACACAAUAAUUUAAAAAUUUUAAAAAACAUUAUAUUUAAGACAUAUUUUAAGCUAAUAUUAACUGAACUAAAUAGAAGAGUUACGAUUUAUUGACAAACUAUUACCUAGAAUAUUGGUUUAGACAGCCAGUUAUCGAUAAACACGGAGGAAGAGUUUGAUGAAUGUAUAAGUCAUUGCAUGGUGUUGUAUGACUUCACAACGGAUCCCUUGUCCGAUUUGAGGAAGAAAGAAGUCAAACGGAAUUCCUUAAAUGCUCUAAUAGAUUAUGUAACGAUGGCACAACAACCCUUCUCCGAUAAUGUACAUAAGAAAUCAGUCGAGAUGGUAUGUUUUCAACUUAUGUCAUGUAAUCAACAAUAACAACGUGCUGAGAUUACAUUUUAUAACUUUUCUGAAGUGACUUUAAAGGUUUUGUAUUUUAGUUUUGUUUCAACUGUUUCCGAAUUCUGGGUCCUCCAUCGAACUCGGGUGUGGAGUUUGAUCCAGAAGAAGACGAGCCAGUCCUUGAAGCUAGUUGGCCGCAUUUACAGGUAGUUUAAUGUUCGAAGGCUUUUAACUUUUAAUGUUCAGUUAGUAUACGACUUCUUUCUUCGCUUCAUCGAAUCUCAAGCCUUCCAAGUACCUAUUGCCAAGAAGUACAUCGACCAGAAGUUCAUCAUCCAAGUACGUUUUGUUUUUCUUUUUUAUUUGUACGCAACAACCUUUUAUAUGUCAUAAAGGGUUUAUUGACAAAAUAUGACGUAUUAUAAACGUCAUAGCCCGUUUUAGAAUCAAAAACCAGCUACUUUGGCUUCUUUUAUCUUCUACAAUAAUGUAUUACGACUUUUAGUUGCUGGAACUUUUCGACAGCGAGGACAUUCGAGAACGCGACUUCUUAAAAACAAUUUUACAUCGAAUUUACGGCAAGUUUUUGAAUCUCAGAUCCUUUACAAGACAACACAUCAACAACAUAUUUUACACAUUCAUAUACGAAACGGAAAGGCACAACGGAAUCGCUGAGUUGCUGGAGAUACUGGGGAGUAUCAUCAACGGAUUCAGCGUGCCAUUGAAGGAGGAACAUGUCACUUUCUUACUCAGAGUAUUACUGCCAUUACACAAAGUAAGCGCGGUGAUAAAGUUUAAAUUUUAGUUUAAUAUAGCGUUAUAUAUGAUGAAUUUAAAAUCAAUAUCAUAAAUAAUUUAUUGUUGAUUUAGGCAAAAUCUCUUAUCAAUUACCACGCCCAAUUGGCGUACUGUGUCGUGCAAUUCAUCGACAAAGACGUAACGUUAACAGAAAAUGUAGUACAUUCAUUACUCAAGUACUGGCCUAAAGUGGCUAGUCCAAAGGAAGUGAUGCUUUUGAACGAAUUGGAAGAAGUCCUAGAUGUAAUGGAGCCGCCAGAGUUCAAAAAAGUCAUGGUUCCCUUGUUUUACCAACUGUCCAGGUGUGUAUCUUCGCCUCAUUUCCAGGUAAGUAUACUUUCUUCACGUUAUAUUAGCUACUUCAACCACCUUAAUCUGUUAAAGUUAAAAACUAUAUUCGUUGUACUGUUAAAUUUUAAAUUUUUAGGUAGCAGAAAGAGCACUGUACUUCUGGAACAACGAGUGUAUAAUGGCGUUGGUCAGCGAGAACAUUGAGACGAUAUUACCCAUCAUGUUCCCUUGUCUGUACAGGAAUUCGAAAACUCAUUGGAAUAAGUAAGCACCAUUUUAAAUGUCUUUACGGUGUUUAGAACGAUACAUGGUUUCAUUUACAACGCGCUCAAAAUGUUUAUGGAGGAAGACCAAAAACUGUUCGAUCUUUGCACCCAGAAUUACAACAAACAACUCGAAGCCGAGACGUCAGUGGAGCAGGAACGAGAACAAAAAUGGAAAAAGCUGGAAGAGAAGGCAAAAGAUAAUCCACAGGUAUGCUAAUCGUUAUCAUUUCGACACCAUUCGUUUGAAUUCAGUUAAUUUCAAUCCCUUUUCAGUUUGUUCACUAUAUCGAGUUCAAACGGGAGACGGUCAAGUGA